AUGGAAGAGCUACAGAAGGAUAGUGGGCAACCAUCAAAUGGCUCUGAUUCUGAACCAGAAGCUAUGGUAUUGGAUGACAAUGGAGCGGGAAAAUCCCAUAGCAUGGAUGGAAACAGGGAUUCUCCUAUAGAUGUCGAUGAAGGCCAGUCAUCUAUGGAUGUGGAUAUUAAGGGAAAAUCAUGCCUCAAUGAUGAUGUUAAUGGAAAGUCUUCUUCUGAGCCAUAUUCCAAUGCUCCAAUUGACAUGAGUGUGGAAAGCCUAGAGAAGUUUUGCAAAGAAGCGUCAAGGUCCUUCUUUGAUGAAGUUGGUCUGAUUAGCCAUCAAAUAAAUUCCUACAAUGAGUUUGUCUCGCAUGGGCUCCAGGAGCUUUUUGAUUCGCUGGGGGAAGUGAUUGUUGAACCUGGCUAUGAUCCUUCAAAGAAAGGAUCAGGUGGCUGGAAGCAUGCCAUCAUCAAUUUUGGGAGAGUGAAGCUUGAAAAGCCUGUGUUUUGGACUGGCAAGGAUGAAGGUUCUGUUGAUUUUAAACCUUAG